AUGACGACGCAGGUGCAGUACUUCACCACUCCGCUGCAGCUGCACAGGCUGCUGGCCGAGAACGACGGCAAGCCCGUGGUCGCGCCGGGCGCGCGCGUCUCCAUCCACUUCCAGUUCGCGAGCGAGCGCGACGCCGAGUCGGACCUCGACCGCGUGGUGGCGAUAACGACUGGGAACCUGAAAGAUGGAAGCAACGACAACACUCAGCUGGGCGGCAAAAGCCACCUUGUUGGUCGUGUGUAUAUUCUCAACUGA